AAGUUAGACCUAGCAGACACUCAACAUUCAACUCUACUGAAGACUCAGACUGAACAGAUAUGAAUCUGUCUACCUUCCUGUCAGUCACUGGGCUCUACCUGUUGCUCAGCUGGUGUGAUGGCUCAGAAAGCCCAGGUCGACCUUUCAUCCUAGAAGCUGUUGAGGAGGCAAAGAGGGUCGUGAAUGAGGCCUACAAGUAUUCACGUGAAGAGAGUCUGAGGAGAGUGCGCAGAGAGGACAUCCGCCCCUCAGAUAUUUUGCGACUGAUGAAGCAGCCAGCACGGGAUACCCGGAAUGCAGUGAGGGCCGCCGACACCAUGGACAUCGCCCUCGGGCUCAUCCACCAGAAGGCCCAUCACAUCCACAAGAGAUCGAUCAAUGCCACAGACCUGAUCACAGAGGACGAACGGCAGCUCAUUGAGCGUCUCACAGGCUGUACUAGUCGUGUCCUGACCCCAUCCUGCAGAACAACCCCUUUAAUCAACAAGUACCGUACCGCCACCAGUGUCUGCAACAACAAGAAAAACCCAAGGCUUGGAGCUUCAAACACACCUUUUGCCAGAUGGCUGCCGGCCGAGUAUGAAGAUGGCAUUUCUCAGCCAAAAGGGUGGGACCGGAAUAGAAAGUACAACAAUUUUCUGCUUCCUCUGGUGAGAGAGGUGUCCAACCGUAUCCUGAGCACCACUGACAAUGGUGUUGAGAGUGACAAUGAAUUCUCCUACCUGGUGACGAUCUUCGGUCAGUGGAAUGACCAUGACCUGACAUUCACGCCUACCUCCCCCAGCAUACGCUCUUUCAGCAGUGGCCUGGACUGUGACACCAGCUGCAAGCAGUCCAAUCCCUGUUUCCCCAUACCGGCCCCUACAGGAGACCCCCGGCUGUCCCAAGACACCUGCAUCCCAGUGUUCCGCUCAGCUCCGACCUGCGGCACCGGGAACAGUGCCUUCAUGUUCGGCGGGCAGGCCAACGUGCGUGAACAGAUCAACUCGCUGACGGCCUUUGUGGAUGUGGGCCAGGUCUACGGCUCGGAGGACAGCCAGGCACGCGACCUGCGCGACCUCACCAAUGACGGAGGCCUGCUGCGCGUCAACCAGAGGUUCCGUGACCCCUCGGGCAACCGGGAGCUGCUGCCAUUCUCGAGUGUGGAGGGAAACAUGUGCGCUACACGCCGACCAAUCACCAAUGACACCACUGCAGAAGAAGUGCCUUGUUUUGUGGCAGGUGAUGCCCGUGUCGAUGAGAACAUUGGCCUGACGUCUCUCCAUACUUUGUUCCUGCGGGAACACAACCGGCUGGCUCGGGCCCUGCGGCAGCUCAACCCCCACUGGAGCAGCGAGACCCUCUACCAGGAGGCCCGCAAGAUCCUGGGUGGCUACCACCAGGUCAUUGUGUACCGUGACUACCUGUUGCACAUCAUUGGCCCUGAGGCUCACAGCAGAUACCUGGGCACUUACUCGGGCUACAACGACAGCGUGGACCCAAGUAUCUCCAACGUGUUUGCCACAGCUGCCUACCGCUUUGCCCACAAUACCAUCCAGCCACUGAUGUUUCGUCUGGAUGAGAACUACAAUGAUAACCCCCAGUUUCCCAGCGUACCCCUCUUCAAAGCUUUCUCUACCCCAUGGAGGCUGAUCUUUGAAGGUGGCGUUGACCCUCUGAUCCGGGGCCUGGUCGGGCGACCGGCUAAGCUGAACACCCAGGACCACAUGAUGGUGGAUGCCCUUCGGGAGAAGCUCUUCAAGUUUACCAGUCGCCUGGCGUUGGACCUUGGCUCCCUUAACCUCCAGCGAGGCCGAGAUCAUGCCUUACCUGGGUAUAACGCAUGGCGCCAGAUCUGUGGUCUCUCUACUCCCAAGACAGAGGCACAACUGGCUACAGUUUUGCAGAACAGGGUCCUAGCCCGUCAGCUCCUGCAGCUGUACGGAUCCCCUGACAACAUUGACAUUUGGCUUGGCGGUGUGGCAGAGCCUUUUGUCCAUGGUGGCCGUGUGGGACCCCUUUUUGCCUGUCUCAUCGCCACCCAGUUCCAGAAGAUCCGUGAUGGGGACAGGCUGUGGUGGGAGAAUCAUGGGGUGUUCACGAGGGCACAGAAGACCUCGUUGGCCUCAGUCUCAAUGGCCCGCAUCAUCUGUGACAACACUGGCAUCAGAGAUGUUCCAAGCAACCCUUUCCUCUUCAGUGCCCGCGGCUCUGGCUACACCAACUGUGAUGACAUCACUCCAUUCGAUCUCCGACCAUGGCUAGAGACAGAUCUGGACACAGAGCCAAUCCCAGGGCCGCCAGGACCACGCGGACCUGCUGGGGAACGAGGUCCCGCAGGGCCCCAGGGUCUAAAGGGUCCCCCAGGGCCCCCCGGCAGCAGCAGCCAACAACCUCGCUCUGCUUUCUCCGUCAGCCUUGGGGGCUCCAUCCCAUCCAACAGCAAAGUCCUCCGCUUUACCCGCGUCACCUACAACGGCCAGGGCCACUACAGCACACAGACCGGCAAGUUCACCUGCCAGGUGCCCGGCGUCUACGAGUUUGAGGUCUUCUGCACGGCGAUCCAAAACGUGGGCAGUAUUCAGGUGAAGCGAAACGGGGUGGUGGUGAUGACCGCCUUCUCAUCCUUCGUGGACGGCCGAAUCAACUUCACUGGGGAUACAGUGGUGCAGCUGGGGCUGGGGGAUGAGGUGUGGCUGGAGGCCAGCCAGGGGGGGUCUGGACUUCUCUCAGAGAGUUUCUUUACUGGACACAUCCUCUUCACAGUCUAAGGGCAAGAGAGGACAGUCUACAUAUAUUCACUGCACAGGCAUGUAAAUAUAAUCUCUCACGCAUUCCGUAUAACUAAAACAAUCUUGUUACUGUUUUUAAACUUGAUCUUUGCUCAGAUCUCAUAUUUGCAUUCGCACUUCAUAUAGACCCUUUUACUGUUUGUAAACAGUGAUGGAUGUGCACACAGCAUGGUGCCGGAAGGUAAUUAGUUUGUCAAGCUAUGCAAAUGGAUUAACUACAAAAGAUCACAAAAAACACCUGACCACAAACCAACCGGACAACCGGUUCCAGUUCACCCAUAGUUCCCACAGGGGGGGUUUGUGAGUAAGCUCCAUAUGAAUGGGAGUCUAUGGGCUAGAUGGCAAAAUUUAAAUUUUCACUUGCUUAUCACCAAAAAACAUCAAUUUUAUUGUAGUUUCCACAGCUACAGUAUGGGGUUUCCAUCAAAAGUGAAACAAACAAAUACCUAUGUCCUGUAAAUACUUUACAGGGUGGGCCAGUGGCCAAGUCUCUGGUCUGAAUGAAUAGGGUAGCAUAUCAGUUUCGGCACCAGUAUGCACACUCAAAAAUGUUGACGACGUAAGCAGUAAAAGGGUCAAUACUGCAUCAUAUUCCCAUAGCUAAUUGUAGUCUAUAGGCAUUGCUAUAUUUGUUUAGACAUUAUGAUUGCAAACACAUGAAGUAGACACAGAAUCAUAUGAAUUCUUUUUUAGCUGGUCUGAGAAUCAGAAUUUAUUCUAAUAGCUUACAAGUGCGGAAUAAAGACAUGUUAUGUUUUUCUCAGUAUGUGCUGUAUAUAGAUGUUAACUGGAAAUAAUUGUAACCCAAGCUGUGAAAUCCUAGCCUAGAAAUGUAGAUGCACCCUAGCGGCAGCAAAUGUAAUUUGCAGCCAGGGUAGUCUAGCAACUCUCAGUUGGCUUGCGGGCUGGAAAAAUCAAACUUCGAUCAGGCCAAUCACAUCUUGUAUAGAGUCGUUGAGCGGGCUUAACAUAAUGACGACUGACUUGCGACGGUUCCACGUGAAUUCCCUGCUACUUAAAGAUGGAUGCUGCUGCUGGCGAACCGUGCGACUGGAGUUAAGCUUUUUUUAAGUUGCCAAAAGUUUGAUCAACUAGCCAACUAGCUCUGCUGGUGGGAAAACGCAUGAGCCUCAUGAGUUGUAGCGCUAUCCUAUUGUGUGCAGAAGGAAUUUGAAAGACAACCAUUUAUCCCGCCCCUCAUUAGGCUAGUGAAAUCCCAACAUUUGCACUGAAUUGUAUACUGAGUAUUUAGACUGUUUUUAUCUUAUUUUAAAAUAAGACUCAGAACAAACAACUCAAAACAAACUUCACAGAAUAGUUGCAUCAAGUAACAGUACAUUACAUGUUACAUUACUGUAGCUCUUUGCUUGUUAUUCUGAAACCAAAUGUAUACUGUUUUAUGGACAUUGUCUGAUAUGUGUUGUUUAUUUAAAAAAAAAAAAUGAAA